AGAAACUUGAAAACGUUGAAAUGGAAUGGCAACGUUGGUGAAGCAGCGCAGGGUUUCUGUCACGACGAAUGGAUAAAAACAGGUCUAAAUCCGCCGUAAAGUGAUUUAAACAGGGAACCAUGAUACGCAGGUCCAGGAUCAGCGUCCGGCCGAAUGUAAAGCCUACAGGCAGGGUGCCGGCGACCUCUCGAGAUGCGUCCCAGGAUAAUUCCCAACCAGCCCAAGCCCCUGCUGACCUCGCCCACGAUGCAGGGGUCAAGACCGGGGAGUGAUGAGGUCAGGCCUGCUCCCUCCGCUCCAGCAGCGGAGCCGAAUAAUAAUGCAGAAGUCCAGAGCGACAGUAUAAUGACUCAGCCAGAGCUCAGCAGUCCUGCAGGAGAUGCUGUGUCCCAAAGCACCACCUCCAGCUCUGCAUCCACGAGUGGCCCUCAGAGGAGAAAGCGCUUUACUGUUUUGCCGAACCUCGCCAAACCCCGGACUUCCUCCGCUCCUGCUCCCACCCGCACCUCCUCCAGGACCCCCAAAUCUCCUGUUAAAGCUGCAGUAUCCGCCCCAGAACCUCCUGAGACUACGGCUUUAGCCCCUGCUCCACAGGCCACAUUAGAAAGUCGAGGGAAAAGGAGGCUUUCUGGAGGAGCAAGGCAGCCUAAAGCCCAGCUCAAACCAGUGGCUCCACUUCAGGUCAGCCUGGAGACAUCUGCAGCCUCUUUAGAGCAAGACCGUGGGUCGCCAUCAGCCAAUCAGAACGCAGGAUUUUCCUGCCCUUCUGAAGAAAUCCAUUUAGAGCCUGUAGCCCCUGCUGACAACCUGCCACAGUCUCAGCAGCCCCAGCUUGCUCCAUCAGAAAAAGAGACUGUUAUACAAGAGCAGAAUGAUGGUGUUUCUCAUGAGAAAAGUCAGUCCAUUCCCCAAAAAGAAAACGCAGAACCCCGCUCCACAGCGCAGGUACCGCUGGCUCUGAGGACCCUCAAUGACCCAAAGGACCGGCUCAGGCUAGCAAAGGCUAAGAAACUCAGGGAGCUUCUAAAGAAAGAGAUGAAUAAAGACAAGCAGAAAGAAAAGCACCAAAGGCCCAAAAUGGGGAUCAGAGAGCGCAAAUCAGCAAAAGACCACACCAAGAUGACCAUGAGAGAGCUCAUUUACUACCUACCUUCAACCAAUCCAAUGAAGUCAUAUGUAGAGGAUGAGCAGAGAGCCAAUGAGACUGUGUUGCCGCCUUCUCCAAAAGCAGCUCCUACUGUGGCCCCACCUGUGCCCCCAGUGAGAGAUGAGGAAGAUGGUGAGCAAGAGGAGGAAACGCCAGACAGUGAAACCAGAGAGGAAGAACCGUUACUGGCCCCCAGAGUGAAGGUGGCGGAGGAUGGAUCAUUGAUUAUAGAUGAAGAGAGUUUAACUGUGGAGGUGCUGAGAGUUAAAGGCCCGAAUCCAGCGGAGGAGAGAGACCCCAUAUUUGAGCGUGGAUCCACUACGACCUACUCCAGCUUCAGAAAGGGCACCUACACCAAGCCCUGGUCCAACAGAGAGACGGACAUGUUUUUCUUGGCCAUCAGUAUGGUGGGGACAGAUUUCUCCAUGAUUGGCCAGCUGUUCCCUCAUCGUGCUCGUAUAGAGAUUAAGAACAAGUUUAAAAAAGAAGAAAGAGCCAAUUCCUGGAGAAUAGACAAGGCAUUCAAGGAGAGGCGGCGCCUGGAUCUCGACUUCUUCAACAACUUGCUGGAGAAGAUCCUCAAAGACGAGGAAAAGAAGCGCAAGAAAAAGAAAGACACAUCCAGGUUGCCCAAAGUCCCUCGCAUUCCACAGAGAAAGUCAACAGUGAGGAAGAAGGUCUGCUCUUCUUCAGGCUCAGAAGAGGAAAGCUCGGGCAGUGAUGUGAUGGAGGGAGAGAAGGAGAAUGAGGGCAUCUCUAAUGAUGGAGGGAGCACCACCACUCCCAUCACACCCCGGAGGAAAAGUGUGAAGAAUGACACAAACAAAGCAGCUGAGGUGGCUGAUACAGAAGACGCUGAAAACAGUACAGUUGAAGGACAAUCACCUGUGGACAGAUUGCAGCAGCCGGAUGUGACAGUGGAGAAACCAGAUUUGGCGAGUUCUGGCAUUAAACCUGCUCAGCUGAAAGGCCGAGCCCAGAGAGCGCUGCCUAACCUGGAGCGGAAGUGGAGAAACAAGGGACCAACCCUCCAAAAGAAAGCUCAGGACGCACACACCUCAGCAGGGGAGGAGAAGGGGAAGGAGAAAGGCUCAAAGGUCUCCUCAGCCUCAGUACGGGAGAAGGAGAAAAGAAUCGCUGCUGACAUCAUUGCCUGUGGGUUGGGGGAUUCAGAGGAAGAGGAGGAGCCUGAUCUCACUGCUGUUCAGGAGCACAUUCUCAACAAGCCAACCAGGUCAGGGAGGAUACCCAAGCUGUCCCAGCAUGUGAUCCGCGCAGCAGCAGAUGAAGAUGAAGAAGAGGAGCCGGAGUCGUUGCCCGUUCCUCCAGCUAAGGCUCAAAGCUCCAAUAGCUCCGUCAGCAAGGCCCGAAAGAAGCCAGGCCCCACCCUCAAACGGGGCAUGCCCAGGAGAGGCAAAUCCAGGCUGGUGACGUUACGGGCCUCGGCCGCUGAAGAGGAGGAUGAUGACGAUGAAGAGGAUUAUGACACGACUCAGGAUGAAGAGCAAUAUCGUUCAAAUGCAGAGGAGGAGGAGAACCAGGCCUUUGUGCCGAUGGGCCUACGCUCUCAGCCUCAGGUCCACACAGAGGUGGAGGAAACCAUGGAAGAGCUGGACAUUUCUGUGAAUGUACCUGAUGUCUUGGGUAUAUCCCAGAAUGCUGUGUGUCCUGAGUCUUCCUGUGAGAGAAGCUCUGUGCCCUGUGAGCAUCAGCUCGACCUGCUUGUCGAUGUGAUUGAGUUCCUGGCUCCAGAACACAUGGAAGUGUCUGAGAGUUACGCUGAAGCAGCCAGGACACUCCUGACCAUCGGAACCUCUGGUCAAAUGACUCCAGCAAUAGAAGCACCCAGCACAGGCGAGGACGUCAUCAUCAUUGAAGAACCGUCACGUUUUGUGCAACAGGACGUUCAGCAGGAAGUCAUCCUAGAAACGACUGAACAAUCAGAGGUUGGAGACGAAACCUGUCAGGUGGUGACCUCUGAUCCUUCUGUCAGUGUCACAUCAGAGUGCAAGGAUGUUCUUGACCCGGCUAGUAACGCCUAUGAGGAUAAUCUUGACCAAGUUAUUUCUAGAGCUGAUUCUGCAGAACCUUCUCAGCAAGACUCCAAUUCAAUGAAAGAGUCAAUCAGUUCACAGGAAACUGAAAUUUUGCCUAGCAGCAGCAACUCAGAGACCUCAGACAUAAAAACCUCAGAUCAAACUGGUUCACAAAUACGUAGGAACCGUCUGCCCAAACCCAGACCAAACCUGGGUCGAACCUCUAGAUCCAUAAAAACACAGCAGAAGCAGACUUCCCCAGAAAAAGGCAUUGUGACUAUAGAGAAAUCCGCCAUCAUUUCCCCAACAUCUUCAGUUAAAACAACUACAGAAGCCCAGAUGGUUGAGUCUAAACUGUCGAUGGAAGUUUCUGAAAGAAAAGUUUCUGAAGACAAUGAACAAGAUUCUGCUCACACGCCUGCUGUGACAUCUCAGCCUGAAUUGGAGGAAAACAGCUCAGCAUUGCCUGACCUAAAAGCAUCUGUGAGCAGAGAAGAAAAGCUGGAGGGUGAAGUUUCCAAAGUAGAGGUAUGUGUGGAAGAAGAGAAGGUGGAGGCAGGAGAGGAGAGGCUCCAACAGCAGCAGCCACAAAGCGGUAAUGAGUCUUUAGCAGGUUCUUCUGUUCCUGAAAGCUCUGUGCAGCCAUCUCACCCUGUCCGGAGGUGCCGUGGACCCAAACCUAAACCUAACCUGGUCCGGAGCUCCAGAACAACACGCACUCACACGGAACAGAAACCACCACAGUCAACAGCAGUACCUAGUGCAAAGGAGGCUGCUGUGAAGUUGUCCUUAGACACUUUAACUGACACUCAGAUACCAGUGGAGGGCACCGACAUCAUCACAGAGACAGUCAUCUCACAAACUCAGACGCAGCCAGAAACAGAAACACCACGUGACUCUGUUAUGGCCGUCCCCACUGCAGGUCCAGAGGAGCUGUCUGGAGCAGUUUCCACGCAGGACUCUUCCAACGCGUCUGAGAUAAGGACUGGAGGUGUUAGUGAGGACGUUAUUGAGAGUGUGUCUAUGGAAGAGUCUGAAAUCACAGCUGAAGUACUUUCUGCUGACCUCCUACUGGAGCCUGACCCCCCCUCUGAUGAGCCUGUAUAUAUUCUCUCUCUCUCUGAAGUACCGUCCACUUUUGCAGAAAGGGAGGAGUUUUCUGCAAAAUCAGAAAUGCCAUCUGAACCCCUGAGCGAUACUGCUGCUAAUGUGGGAGGUCCAGGCUCAGAUGGAGAUCAGGUCUCUCACCUCCUCCUGCCUGACUUGUUUGUGCCCGUCUCAGAGGAGCAGGAGGAGAAACAGAUGGAUGUGGAUGAAAAAGAGGAGGGCAAAAAAUGCAGCAGAGAAAAUGAAGAGGAAGGCUUGAGCUAUAUCAGCAAAAGAGGACAUUCUCUUUUAACUCAGAAGGAAGCUGCUGUGGAGGGCCUUGCUGAGCAACGUGCAGAGCCCUCAUUAAGCUCUGAGGCAGAUGGAAGCAGCGAGGAGACGGCUCAUCCUGCUAAGAGACGAAAACUACCAGAGAAAGGCAGGAGAGCUAAGCUACAGAUCAAACCAAACCCAGUUCAGAGAAAAAGCCUCCGCAGCCUCCCUGCAAAAGAGCUUUCACCAUUGCCUCCAGAAGAAACAAGCACUUUACCUGCUUCAUCACAACAGACUGUGUUAUUGUCUGAAGAAACUGUACCAUUAACCGCUUCAUCAAAGGACACAGCUUCAACUUCAGUUUCACCAGAGGACGUCCUGUCCACAGCUGUUUUCGGUGAAAGGACUACAGCUCCCUCUGCACUCCUCCCUGCUCCAUCUCAGUCUUCCUCAGAGCAAAUUUCUGAACCAUUAUCUCAGCCUGUCAGUGUAGAGACUCCGCCCUCCCAGGCUGCACCUGAGGCCUCGUCCCAAAGCACUGUUGGACAGGAGGGUCUCCCAGAGGCAGAGGCACUGGAGUCUGUUAGUGCAGAGGAGACAGAAGCCAGUGGGUCAGGGGCCGAGUCACAACCUGCACAUCAGAUCACACCACUGGCCACGACUGGUGCUCUUAUAAGACCUGGUAGGAGACCUCGAGGCUUCCUCUCCUUCAUGUCCAGUACAAGCACACAGGGGUCUUCAUCAGCCACUCGAGGAGCUGCAGCAGGCCCUCAGAGACCGGCUGUAAACACAUCUCGUUCUGAAAGGAGAAGAGCCACACCGGGGCCUCUUACCUCAGUCAGCAGAUCUGCAUCUGCUCCCCAAAAACCCUCCAGAGUUAAUCCCCCACUCACCAGCACACAGCCUACUGUCCCAACUGCUCCUGCUCCUGCUCCUGCUCCAGCUCCAGAGGUUAGAGUUCAGUCUGAGACCCUGUGUACGGACCCAAAUGCAGAAGAGGAGCCCACCAGCGUUUCCGCUUAUUUCUUCAGCGACAUCUUCACCGAGGUGGACGAACAGGAGGAGAUGGAGUGAGGGAUUGACUUCUAGAGGGAGUGAAAGCAUGAUAAUAAUGAUGAUAAUAAUGAUGAUAAUAAUGAUGUGGCUGAAUGAAACAUGGUGGGUAGCAGGUAGCAUUUUAUCGCUGUCAUAAGAAACCCUCUCACUUUUUCUCUUACAUUAUUUGACAUGGCAGCUUUACACUGUGUAAACAUUUCAUGAUGAAAUUUUUCAUUUUUUUUCACACUAAGUUGAGCGUUUUUCUUUCUUUUAUUAAGUUACUGCUUCGAAGACCGAGCUCUCUCCUGACAGCGACAGUUUGCAUGUUGUUGCUUGGCACCUACAGUAUUUCACUAAUUAUUAGCCACAUUAGCAUGUUUUAGGUGAAGCCAUCCUUCCUUUAAAAAAACAAAAACAAACCUGCACUCCUUAAAUAUGGAUGAUGGGAAGUGAUGUCGGACUCUGAAUCAGGAAAAACACUCUAAUACUCACUGUUUUUUUUAUUAAGUGACUCAGUUAAAAAGUGCUUACUCAUGUUUACCCGAUAAAUUCUGCUGAAAUUUGAUCGAGGGGUGGUUAUUAGGCUGUUAAUCCAUGACUGAAAAUCAAGUAGAACUUUAUACCUCAAAGCUAUACAGAGCCAAAAUAGUAAUGCAGUUUGCUCUCGUUUCACUUCAGUUGACUAAAGCAGUGGUUCUCAAAAUGGUCCUCAGGGCCUCUGAAUAGUCCUCAUUUCUUCUCAUUGUUGGUUGGGUUGGAGCAAAAAUGUGGAUCAUCUGGAGCCUUGAGGACUGGUUUGAGAACCACUAAAUUAAAGUAAUAUUCCAUUUUAUUAACAUUUUAUCAUGUGCUGCAGCUGUGUGACACUGUCAGAUACCACAGACAUUGAUUUUGAAGCGUUUUCCUGCAUUUAGAAAAGAAGAGAAAACCUGUUCACUCUAAAAACACUGUCAGUCGGCAGGUACUGAAGCAACUGCCCAUUGGCUUCUAUUAUAAGCAUCUUGUUUUCUGUUCUUUUCUAAGUACUGUAAUAUUUGGCCAUGAUUAUCAACCCUAUGCUACAGAUGCAGCAGAUUGAGAUAUUGUUAAGAACAGACUGAGUAUUCAUUUAAAUUGUCUGCCUUGUAUUUAUUUAACCGGAUUCCCCUAAAUAGUUUUUAUUUAUGGUUAAAUUAUACAAAAAGCAUCUCUGUAAAUUCCUGCUCAUGUAGUCUUGCUUUCAUCUUUACCGUCUAUAAUUAUGAACCUAAAUAUCUGUUCCCAUUCACAGACUGAAUAAGCUGCAUUUCUUGUGUAAUCCUUUAGAAUCGCCGCUUCAUACAGGGUGUUUUCCAUCAUGACAGGUGUCCAUCUUGCCUUACUUAGGUUUGUUGCGUUGCGUAUGUGUUUGUACCAGGUUAAUUUAUACCAUCAAUUCUGAAAACACUGCCAUGAUGUACAGUUUUAUGUCUGGGUUUUAUUCUGUGGAAGUGUACUUUGUAUUUUACAUUGGUCACAUUGAUGUGCCAUUUUUCUGCUGCCUGCCUGUAAAGUCACAAACCAUAAAGACUAUAUAGUACAGUUUACAGUGUUAUAAAAUGAAGUUGAACAAACUGCAUCAUUUUCCUGUUCCAGGUUCUCUACGAGCAAGUGUAUGAAUUGCACAUGUAAAUAUGUCAAUAAAAUUUUAUGCUUUACUUGUAUUUUA